GGAUGACAGGAGCCGGGGAGCCGAGGAGGGAGGAGCCGCCGCCGCCGCCGAGCGCUGGGCUGAGGAGCAGAGAGAGCGGGGCGCGGAGUGCGGGCGGCUGGGAGCGCGCUGAGCGGGGGAGAGGCGCUGCCGCACGGCCGGCCACAGGACCACCUCCCCGGAGAAUAGGGCCUCUUUAUGGCAUGUGGCUGGUAACUUUCCUCCUGCUCCUGGACUCUUUACACAAAGCCCGCCCUGAAGAUGUCGGCACCAGCCUCUACUUUGUAAAUGACUCGUUGCAGCAGGUGACAUUUUCCAGCUCCGUGGGGGUGGUGGUGCCCUGCCCGGCCGCCGGCUCCCCCAGCGCAGCCCUUCGAUGGUACCUGGCCACGGGGGACGACAUCUACGACGUGCCGCACAUCCGGCACGUCCACGCCAACGGGACGCUGCAGCUCUACCCCUUCUCCCCCUCCGCCUUCAAUAGCUUUAUCCACGACAAUGACUACUUCUGCACCGCGGAGAACGCUGCCGGCAAGAUCCGGAGCCCCAACAUCCGCGUCAAAGCAGUUUUCAGGGAACCCUACACCGUCCGGGUGGAGGAUCAAAGGUCAAUGCGUGGAAACGUGGCCGUCUUCAAGUGCCUCAUCCCCUCUUCAGUGCAGGAAUACGUUAGCGUUGUGUCUUGGGAGAAAGACACAGUCUCCAUCAUCCCAGAAAACAGGUUUUUUAUUACGCACCACGGCGGGCUGUACAUCUCUGACGUGCAGAAGGAGGACGCCCUCUCCACCUACCGCUGCAUCACCAAGCACAAGUAUAGCGGGGAGACCCGGCAGAGCAACGGGGCCCGCCUCUCCGUGACAGACCCUGCCGAGUCAAUCCCCACCAUCCUGGACGGCUUCCACUCCCAGGAAGUGUGGGCCGGCCACACCGUGGAGCUGCCCUGCACCGCCUCCGGCUACCCUAUCCCUGCCAUCCGCUGGCUCAAGGAUGGCCGGCCCCUCCCAGCCGAUAGCCGCUGGACCAAGCGCGUCACAGGGCUGACCAUCAGCGACCUGCGGACCGAGGACAGCGGCACCUACAUCUGUGAGGUCACCAACACCUUCGGUUCGGCGGAGGCCACAGGCACCCUCACGGUCAUCGACCCCCUGCACGUGACCCUGACACCAAAGAAGCUGAAGACCGGCAUUGGCAGCACGGUCAUCCUCUCCUGCGCCCUCACGGGCUCCCCGGAGUUCGCCAUCCGCUGGUACCGCAACACCGAGCCGGUGCUGCCCAACGAGGCCAUCUCCAUCCGCGGGCUCGGCAACGAGACCCUGCUCAUCACCUCGGCCCAGAAGAGCCAUUCCGGGGCCUACCAGUGCUUCGCCACCCGCAAGGCCCAAACCGCCCAGGACUUCGCCAUCAUCGCGCUCGAGGACGGCACGCCCCGCAUCGUCUCGUCCUUCAGCGAGAAGGUGGUCAACCCCGGGGAGCAGUUCUCGCUCAUGUGUGCGGCCAAGGGCGCCCCGCCCCCCACGGUCACCUGGGCCCUGGACGACGAGCCCAUCGUGCGGGACGGCAGCCACCGCACCAACCAGUACACCAUGUCGGACGGCACCACCAUCAGCCACAUGAACGUCACGGGCCCCCAGAUCCGCGACGGGGGCGUGUACCGGUGCACGGCGCGGAACUCGGUGGGCAGUGCUGAAUAUCAGGCGCGAAUAAACGUAAGAGGGCCCCCCAGCAUCCGGGCGAUGAGGAACAUCACAGCGGUCGCCGGGCGGGACACCCUUAUCAACUGCAGGGUCAUCGGCUACCCCUACUACUCCAUCAAGUGGUACAAGGAUGCCCUGCUGCUGCCGGACAACCACCGCCAGGUGGUGUUUGAGAACGGGACCCUCAAGCUGACGGACGUGCAGAAGGGCAUGGACGAGGGGGAGUACCUGUGCAGCGUCCUCAUCCAGCCCCAGCUCUCCAUCAGCCAGAGCGUCCACGUGGCCGUCAAAGUGCCCCCGCUGAUCCAGCCUUUCGAGUUCCCGCCCGCCUCCAUCGGCCAACUGCUCUACAUCCCCUGCGUGGUGUCCUCGGGAGACAUGCCCAUCCGCAUCACCUGGAGGAAGGACGGACAGGUGAUCAUCUCAGGCUCGGGCGUGACCAUCGAGAGCAAGGAAUUCAUGAGCUCCCUGCAGAUCUCCAGCGUGUCCCUCAAGCACAACGGCAACUACACGUGCAUCGCCAGCAACGCGGCUGCCACUGUGAGCAGGGAGCGGCAGCUCAUCGUGCGCGUGCCCCCUCGAUUUGUGGUGCAGCCCAACAACCAGGACGGCAUCUACGGCAAAGCUGGGGUGCUCAACUGCUCGGUGGAUGGCUACCCCCCACCCAAGGUCAUGUGGAAGCACGCCAAGGGGAGCGGGAACCCCCAGCAGUACCACCCCGUGCCCCUCACCGGCCGCAUCCAGAUCCUGCCCAACAGCUCGCUGCUGAUCCGCCACGUCCUAGAAGAGGACAUCGGCUACUACCUCUGCCAGGCCAGCAACGGCGUGGGCACCGACAUCAGCAAGUCCAUGCUCCUCACCGUCAAGAUCCCAGCCAUGAUCACCUCGCACCCCAACACCACCAUCGCCAUCAAGGGCCACGCCAAGGAGCUGAACUGCACGGCGCGAGGCGAGCGGCCCAUCAUCAUCCGCUGGGAGAAAGGGGACACUGUCAUCGACCCCGACCGCGUCAUGCGGUACGCCAUUGCCACCAAGGACAACGGCGAUGAGGUGGUCUCCACGCUGAAGCUCAAGCCGGCUGACCGUGGGGACUCUGUGUUCUUCAGCUGCCACGCCAUCAACUCGUACGGGGAGGACCGGGGCUUGAUCCAGCUCACCGUGCAAGAGCCCCCCGACCCCCCCGAGCUGGAGAUCCGGGAGGUGAAAGCCCGGAGCAUGAACCUGCGCUGGACCCAGCGGUUCGACGGGAACAGCAUCAUCACCGGCUUCGACAUUGAAUACAAGAACAAGUCCGAUUCCUGGGACUUCAAGCAGUCCACACGCAACAUCUCCCCCACCAUCAACCAGGCCAACAUCGUGGACUUGCACCCGGCAUCCGUGUACAGCAUCCGCAUGUACUCCUUCAACAAGAUUGGCCGCAGCGAGCCGAGCAAGGAGCUCACCAUCAGCACCGAAGAGGCCGCUCCCGAUGGGCCCCCCAUGGAUGUCACCUUGCAGCCAGUGACCUCACAGAGCAUCCAAGUGACCUGGAAGGCGCCCAAGAAGGAGCUGCAGAACGGCGUCAUCCGGGGCUACCAGAUCGGCUACAGGGAGAACAGCCCUGGCAGCAACGGGCAGUACAGCAUCGUGGAGAUGAAGGCCACUGGGGACAGCGAGGUCUACACCCUGGACAACCUCAAGAAGUUUGCCCAGUAUGGGGUGGUGGUCCAGGCCUUCAAUCGGGCUGGCACAGGGCCCUCUUCCAGCGAGAUCAAUGCCACCACCCUGGAGGAUGUGCCCAGCCAGCCCCCCGAGAACGUCCGGGCCCUGUCCAUCACGUCCGACGUGGCCGUCAUCUCCUGGUCGGAGCCCCCGCGCAGCACCCUCAAUGGUGUCCUCAAAGGCUAUCGGGUCAUCUUCUGGUCGCUCUACGUGGAUGGGGAGUGGGGUGAGAUGCAGAACAUCACCACCACGCGGGAGCGGGUGGAGCUGCGGGGCAUGGAGAAGUUCACCAACUACAGCGUGCAGGUGCUCGCCUACACCCAGGCCGGGGACGGCGUGCGCAGCAGCGUGCUCUACAUCCAGACCAAGGAGGACGUUCCAGGUCCCCCUGCUGGCAUCAAAGCCGUCCCUUCUUCAGCUAGCAGUGUGGUCGUGUCUUGGCUCCCUCCCACCAAGCCCAACGGGGUGAUCCGCAAGUACACCAUCUUCUGUUCCAGCCCGGGGUCUGGCCAGCCGGCUCCCAGCGAGUACGAGACGAGUCCUGAGCAGCUCUUCUACCGGAUCGCCCACCUAAACCGCGGGCAGCAGUACCUGCUGUGGGUGGCCGCCGUCACCUCCGCCGGCCGGGGCAACAGCAGCGAGAAGGUCACCAUCGAGCCAGCUGGCAAGGCCCCAGCAAAGAUCAUCUCAUUCGGGGGCACCGUGACGACACCCUGGAUGAAAGACGUCCGGCUGCCUUGCAAUUCAGUGGGCGAUCCAGCCCCUGCCGUGAAGUGGACCAAGGACAGCGAAGACUCGGCCAUCCCCGUGUCCAUGGACGGGCACCGGCUCAUCCACACCAACGGCACCCUGCUGCUGCGCGCCGUGAAGGCCGAGGACUCGGGCUACUACACCUGCACGGCCACCAACACCGGCGGCUUCGACACCAUCAUCGUCAACCUUCUGGUGCAAGUGCCCCCCGACCAGCCCCGCCUCACUGUCUCCAAAACCUCAGCUUCGUCCAUCACCCUGACCUGGAUUCCGGGUGACAACGGGGGCAGCUCCAUCCGAGGCUUCGUGCUGCAGUACUCAGUGGACAACAGCGAGGAGUGGAAGGACGUGUUCAUCAGCUCCAGCGAGCGGUCCUUCAAGCUGGACAGCCUCAAGUGCGGCACGUGGUACAAGGUGAAGCUGGCGGCCAAGAACAGCGUGGGCUCUGGGCGCAUCAGCGAGAUCAUCGAGGCCAAGACCCACGGGCGGGAGCCCUCCUUCAGCAAAGACCAACACCUCUUCACCCACAUCAACUCCACGCAUGCUCGGCUUAACCUGCAGGGCUGGAACAACGGGGGCUGCCCCAUCACAGCCAUCGUCCUGGAGUACCGGCCCAAGGGGACCUGGGCCUGGCAGGGCCUCCGGGCCAACAGCUCCGGGGAGGUGUUUCUGACAGAACUGCGAGAGGCCACCUGGUACGAGCUGCGCAUGAGGGCUUGCAACAGCGCCGGCUGCGGCAACGAGACCGCCCAGUUCGCCACCCUGGACUACGACGGCAGCACCAUCCCCCCCAUCAAGUCUGCUCAAGGCGAGGGGGAUGACGUGAAGAAGCUGUUCACCAUCGGCUGCCCCGUCAUCCUGGCCACGCUGGGGGUGGCACUGCUCUUCGUCGUCCGCAAGAAGAGGAAAGAGAAGCGGCUGAAGCGACUCCGAGAUGCAAAGAGUUUGGCAGAAAUGUUGAUAAGCAAGAACAACCGAAGCUUUGACACCCCUGUGAAAGGGCCACCUCAGGGCCCACGGCUACACAUCGACAUCCCCAGGGUCCAGCUGCUCAUCGAGGACAAAGAGGGCAUCAAGCAGCUGGGAGAUGACAAGGCCACCAUCCCCGUGACGGAUGCCGAGUUCAGCCAAGCCGUCAAUCCGCAGAGUUUCUGCACUGGUGUCUCCUUGCACCACCCGGCUCUCAUCCAGAGCACAGGACCCCUCAUCGACAUGUCUGACAUCCGGCCAGGAACCAAUCCAGUGUCCAGGAAGAAUGUGAAGUCAGCCCACAGCACCCGGAACCGGUACUCAAGCCAGUGGACCCUGACCAAGUGCCAGGCCUCCACACCUGCCCGUACCCUCACCUCUGACUGGCGCACCGUGGGCUCUCAGCAUGGUGUCACUGUCACCGAGAGUGAUAGCUACAGUGCCAGUCUAUCCCAGGACACAGACAAAGGCCGGAACAGCAUGGUGUCCACAGAGAGUGCCUCUUCCACCUACGAGGAGCUGGCGCGGGCCUAUGAGCACGCCAAGCUGGAGGAGCAGCUGCAGCACGCCAAGUUCGAGAUCACCGAGUGCUUCAUCUCUGACAGCUCCUCUGACCAGAUGACCACAGGCACCAACGAGAACGCUGACAGCAUGACGUCCAUGAGCACACCCUCAGAGCCCGGCAUCUGCCGCUUUACCGCCUCCCCACCCAAGCCCCAGGAUGCCGACCGGGGCAAAAAUGUGGCUGUGCCCAUCCCUCACCGGGCAAACAAGAGUGACUACUGCAACCUGCCCCUGUACGCCAAGUCGGAGGCCUUCUUCCGAAAAGCAGAUGGACGUGAGCCCUGCCCCGUGGUCCCGCCCCGCGAGGCCUCCAUCCGAAACCUGGCUCGAACCUACCACACCCAGGCUCGCCACCUGACCCUGGACCCUGCCAGCAAGCCCUUGGGCCUCCCGCACCCAGGGGCCCCCGCUGCCGCCUCCACGGCCACCUUACCUCAGAGGACUCUGGCCAUGCCAGCCCCCCCAGCCGGCACGGCGCCCCCAGCCCCCGGCCCCACCCCUGCCGAGCCCCCCGCCGCCCCCAGCGCUGCCCCUCCGGCCCCCAGCUCCGAGCCUCCGCGGGCCGGGGGCCCACACACCAAAAUGGGGGGCUCCAGGGACUCACUUCUCGAGAUGAGCACGUCGGGGGUAGGGAGGUCUCAGAAGCAGGGGGCCGGGGCCUACUCCAAAUCCUACACCCUGGUGUAGGGCACGGCGGGAAGAGCUGCCUACGCCACCAGGACCUCGCUGCUCCUCGGCCCUCACACCAACUCGGCUGUUUCCCUGCAUUAUUUAUAUUAAACCGACAGACGAAAACCCCCCAAGUCAUGAACGCUUGUACAUAGAACUCUUUUGUACAAAUGAAACUAUUUUCUUCUUCUCCAUGAAGCCAGGGCACAAAGAAUUUGACAGUACAAGUCAAAUCCCCCACCCCCCAAAAUCUGCGUGGAGAUAAUAUAUACAUAUAUAGAGAGAUAGGAACACAUCGACAAGCUAUAUAUCUAUAUAUUUCUCUCACCCUAUUUUGAGACAGAGGCACAAAGACUCAGCAAUUUUUUUCCCUCCUACUCACCCCCCUCCAACCUAGGUGGUUUUGACAAAAGACCAAAAUCCCAACUCAGAGACACUGCAUGCGAUUUUACUGUUCCAAGAAAACCAGGAGUUGCUUCAAUUUGCAGAUGCUUAUGUGUUAAUACCUUUUUCUAUGAAAAAAGACCCAGCGCCGUGUGCAAUAAAGGUUAUGUUUCUACGUGGUGGCUUUUUUCCCAUCUGGCGAGGGCCAGUGGGGAGGGCGGAGAGACCUCUGUACCAGGCUGCCUAUCUCUCAGGGAGAGACUUUGUGAGAAGCCCGGGCUUUCACUCAGUGCUUCCAAGCUUUCGAAAAGGCUUUCAAUUAGCCAGGGUGCAUCCUCUCCUGUUCCCAGAGCUAUGCUGGGCCCCAAGGGCCCAAGGGCCCCAAGGACCCGCUCUGUGGCUUUCAGCAAGCUCUUAACCCCCUCUGCACCACGGUUUCCUUCACUGUAAAUUGAGGGAAGCUUGUGGCCAAUGGAACGAGGCAAGCGCAGAGAGGCUGGGAUGGGGAGGGGUUGUCCACCAGCUUCUCUCCCCCAGGAGAGCACCAGGUAGCCAGGGGGACGCGGCUACCCACAGCCACUGCCCAGCAGCUAUGGGAAAGAUGCCUUUGAACCGGGAGCAAGGAGGAAGAGGGUGUACCUGUGGUAUCUGGCCAGGGCUGAAGUUCUGGGCUGACUGUCCAGGUAAGGUGAGAGCAAAGGGAGGAGAGAGGUCACUGGAGGUCACAGGGGCGAAAGGGGCUCAUUCAUGGAGGAGAGGGAAUGGGCUCAGCCAGAGUGAGUCAGGUCAGCAGGCCCCCAGGUACCUCGCCUGGUUUCUAAAGAGUUGGCAACUAGGCUGACUGCCAGGUAGAAGAAAAGGCGUCCACACGGAGGCGCGGCCACGUGCUGUGCAUGUGCAGAGGCACUGCGUGUGACCAGAGAGUUGGGAGGUGGCAGGUGAGCUGAGCCUCAACGGACAUGAAGGUUUGGACAGGCAGAGGCAGGAGACUAGCAAAAGCCCAGGGGCACGGAGCUGGUGGUCUGGAGGGGAACCGCUCCCCGCACCAUGGCGGGGCAUCCUGGAAAAGGAAGUGCACUUAGGAAGUGCAAAGGGGGCUCCUGAGUUAGGACUUCAAGCUGAGGCUGAGUUGUGGAUCCAGAAUCUGGAAGGAAGGUGAGUCUGGGACGUGCUGCUCUCCAGCCGCUGAGAUGGGGAACUGGAGAGGGAGGGAGGAGUCCGCACAGCAUGCAAGCAGAUCACACCUAGCAGCCCGGGGUGCAUGGCUUUUAAUAGAAGCAUCUUCCAAGCAGCAACUCACGCCACAAACAUUCUUAGCACCUGACCUGUGCGGGAUGCAGAAGAGUCUCGCCCAUGCAUAGCUACAUUCCCAGGUAAGGCAGGUUGCACCAUGAGAGGGAAGGGGCGGGCAUUCUGUACUCCUUGUUAUUCCCAAGCUCAUGGGAAAAUGCCAUCUCAGCCCCCCCACACAGGAGCCACCCAGGAGAGCCAGCUAACAGCAUCUGGGAAAACCAAGGCCCUUCAUUUCAGACACCAGUGACAGCCCAGCUUCAUUCCGGCUCUGGGAGGACCGGACGCCUCCCAGGGCUGUGCGCGCCAUCUGCAGGUCAUCUCCAGAACUGCAAGCAUAAGGAUCAAUCCCAGGCGUUCUGCCUGGAAGGCCCCCAACCCCGCUCCCCUGCACGCUGGGCACUGGGGAAACAAACAGGAAUCAGACCCGGCUCCAACCAGCACAAAGGAAAGAACAACUCCACAGAGGCUAGAGUGGACAGGAGGUGGAGCCACCCGCCUGACGGUUGCAAAGCAGGGACACAGUCAUGAAAACACAUUAUGGAUCCCUAUACUACGUGCCAGGUGGUGAGCAAAACACAUGCCUUGCAUUGGCUCAUGUUACCGCACUGCAGAUUUGGGGGAAAGGUAUCAUGAUUUCCGCUUGACAAGUCAGAAAGCUUUCAGGAGUUAAGUAACUUACUUGAGGUUAGAGGAGCAAGAAGAGUUGGAGAUAAGAUUUAAGGAAUCAUGAGUGUCUGAUUCCUUAACUACUGAGCCAUACUUCCUGGUGUCCCCAUGUUCAAAGUCUCAAUUUCAGCUCUGCUUCCAGGAUGUUGCUAGAUGAGGAGUCCGCCAGGUCCAGGUGAGCAAGCUGGACUUACAGGUGGGAAAGCAGUUGACUUGGAAACAUCAGUAAACAGUCCAUGCAGGUGAGCCAAUAAGCAGCACUGGAUCGGGAGCUCUCAGGUACUUUGCUCGGGCGAGGGGCAGUGGCGGAAGGGGAGGAUUCAGCUCUGGGGGCUGCAGAAGGCCUGGGACCUGAGGUGGACUGUGUAGGGUGAGAGGGAUUUGGAAAGGCAACAGAAAAGUGAAGCUUGAGCCAGUUUAACUUGUGUUCAGCUGAGCGAGGCCCCUUCCUAUAAAGCACAAGGUCUGGAAAUUCAGACGGACUUAUGCCAAAUCCACAUGAUUUUAUAUGCUAAUAAUCUCUAACCUUGAUAUGUUCUUUAGCUGAACCUCAAGCCUGCCUGUCUGACCCGCACCCAGAAGCUAAUUCGAAAAUCAGCAGAGCUCCUGCUCCUUCUCAUCCGUCCCCAGCGCAUCCUCACUAAACUAUGUAUCUGGGCCAAUCAUCUUAAAAUGUGCUUGUUCCUCCCCAGGCCUCCACGUUGUCCACCGUAGACAAGACAACCGUCUGUCCUUGGGAGCCUCGACACUCAACAUGUGGUGUCGACAAGCAGCGCCAGCGUCACCCAGGAGCCUGUUAGAAAUGCCAGAUCUCAGGCCUCACCCCAGGAGCACGGAAUCCGAAUCUGCAUUUUAGCAAAAUCCCCAGGCGGUUCAUUAAAGUUCAAGAAGCCCUCCUCCUCCAGAAGACCCUCAGAGAGAUCACCCCUUUCUCUCCCCAUCUACCGACCACCAGAGCUAGACUAGUGGGUCUCAAACUGAGCUGCACAUCAGAUUCACCUGAGGAGCUUGUUGAAAAAAUUCAGAAGCCCAGAUCUCACCAAUCUUAACUGAAUCGGAAUCUACUGGCAUACAGCUCAGGCAUUUGUAUCUUUAUGGUGGUAAAAGAUACAAAAAAACAUAAAAUUUAUUAUACCAUUUUAACCAUGUUUAAGUGUACAACCCAGCAGUAUGGAGUACAUUCACCUUGUUGUACAACCAUCAUCACCACUAUCCAUUUCCAGAACUUUCUCAUCAUCCCAAGAAGAAACGCUGCACUGGUUAAUCAGUAACUCCCGGUUUUCCCCUCCCCCAGCCCCUAGCAACCACCACUCUAUUUCCUGUCUGUAUGAAUUUGCCGAUUCUAGCUUCCUCCUAUAAGUAGAAUCACACAGUAUUUGUCCUUUUGUGUCUGCCUUACUUCGCUUAACGUCUCUAAGGUCCGCCAUGUUGUAGCAUGUAUCGGAAUUUCACUCCUGUUUAAGGACGAAUAAUAUUCCACUGUUUGCCCAUUUUGCUUAGCCAUCCACCUCUUCAUGGACCCCUGGGCUGCUCCCACCUUUUGGCUAUUCUGAAUGACACUGCUCUGAACAUGGCUGUGCAAGGAUCUGCUUGAGUCCCUCUCUUCUCCUGGGUAUAUAUCUGAGAGCAGAUUUGCUGACUCGUAUGCUUAUUCUAUGUUUAACUUUUCGAGGAAGGAACAAACCAUUUUCCACCAGGCAUCUGCCUUCUUAAGAAGCAAGAAGAUACACAGGCACUUGUUCAUUGACCAAAUACCCCAAAGCACUUCCUGUGACCUGGCACCGAGCUGGGCACUGCAGAUGCUCAAAGGGUUCACUGUCUGGUGUGUGCGCAAGUUGUCAGAGGCCCAAGGAGGGAAGCCUGGUGGGGAGUGGGAGGACAUCAGCGAUGGCUAGCUGUCUGCCAAAGCCUCAUGCUGCCCCCUCCACAGGACACAGCUGUCGCUAGGAAGUGACUGCCCCUCCCAUGACUAUAGGCCCCAGGCCCCCUGACUUCUAGAUGAGGCCGUGACACUCAGUUCCAGCCAGUGGAAUGUGGCAGAAGUGAAACAUGGUACUUCCAGGCCUGGCUCAAAAUCCUACUAGCCACUCUCCACGCUCUCCAACUGGAUGUCAAUGCCCAACGUGAACUUGGAAGCCACUUGCUGAAGAUGGCAGAGUCCCUAUCAGCCUGGGUUAUAUAUAGCUUUGUAGACCAGAGACCCCACCAAUGACAAUCAGACUUUAUGUGAGCAAGAAAUAAAUGUUUAAUGUAUCAAGUCA